CUUUUUUUUUUUUUUUUUGAUCCAACCUUUUUUUUUUUUUUUUUUUUUUUUCAAUAGAGAUUUGCAGCGUGGUCGGGCAGCACGCUUUCUCUCUCUCUCUCUUUGGUCCACCGGUCCACUCCAUCGCUCAGCCCCCCUCCCAUCACCCCUCUGCCUUCAGUUCAUCCAUCACCACCACCACCACCACCCACCCACCUCGCGUCAAUGUCAAGCGCUGCUGCUGCUCGUGCGGCUCAGCUCGCCGUGGUGAGGAAAACAGCGGCCGCGUGCAAGAUCUCGAGAUCUGCUUUUGCUGCUCCUUCCCGCUUCCUGUCGUCCAGCGCCACUGCCUUUGCCCGGAAGCGCCCGUCCGCCGCCGGUUUCGCAAAGCCCACUACUCCGAGUGCCUCGACCACUCCGGCUACCUCGACCACUCCGGGUGCAUCUACUUUGACGUCGACUCGCACCAAGGCUGCCGCGGCUGCCGCCGCUGCUGCCGCUGCUGCUACCGAGUCAGUCAUCGACCCCCAACAGCAGCGGGCCAUCAAACGAGCGCUAGUAGAUGUUGCUUUAGAGGCACGUUUCGACAAGCUGGCCAACUCCAACCCGCACAAGUUGACGUACGAGAAUCGCAUCCUAAACAAUUGGCAACCCGGGACCGCCAAGGACACUUUGGAUGCCGCGGCAACGUACAACCCCGCCAAGCCACACUCUCGCAAGCUUGCGCCAGCCAUUGGCACAGUCCCGCAAGUCGGCCCCGCAUUGCCAAAGCCCGUCAAUCCCCUCACCGCCCAAGGCCUCACUCGCCUACAGCUCCUCGGAGCUCAGCUCAGGGGCGAUCUGGUGGACGAGCCCCAACCACCAGUCCCCGCCCAUGUUAUCAAGCAGUUGCAACACCCCGAUCUUGACGUGUCGCCGAGCAAAAUUAGUCGCAAGAAGCAAAUCGAGCAGGCGGUUGCCCGCGCCAUGCCCGACGAGCUCCGCAGGAACAUUGAUCAGAAAAACCCCAAGGUCAAGGCGUUUAUCAAGCAGACCACCGAAGAGCACGAAGGCUUCCAGUUUGACCGACUCGACAGCGCCACGGCCGCCGGCGAGAAGCUCCCUCACGGCGACCCAACCGUGACCAACAACCCCAGCGCCCUCAUCAUCGAGUCCUCCUUGUACAAGCAGACGUACGACCCGACGUUUUCCCAGCGCACUGGUGUCAUUGCUACCAAGGUUGGCAUGAUGCACACCUGGAACCACUGGGGCCAGCGUCUCCCUCUCACUGUGCUGCAAAUCUCGGACGCUGCCGUUCUCGACUUCCGUGUCCCCGAAUCACACGGCUAUACUGCUUUGCAGAUUGCCGCUGGUGAGAUCAAGCAACCUGCGAAACACGUCGAGGGUACUUUCCGAAGGGUUGGCCUCACUGCCCGAAAGCACAUUCACGAAUUCCGUGUGACUGCCAAUGCUCUCAUUCCACCGGGCACCCGUUUGUACGCUGCGCAUUUCAUUCCCGGCCAGCAUGUGGACGUUCUUGCCAACACUAAGGGCCGAGGAUUUGCAGGUGUCAUGAAGCGCCACGGCAUGAAGGGAUCUCCCGCCUCUCACGGUCAUUCAUUGGUCCAUCGCGCUAUGGGCAGUUUCGGCGGUGGCGGUGGCAUGGGCCGUGUUUAUCCAGGCAAGCGCAUGGCAGGUCAUAUGGGUACCAUUCCUGCUAUGCAUCAUAAUCUGUUGGUUUAUCGCAUCAAUACCAAGCAUAAUCUCGUCUAUGUCAAGGGCAGUGUACCUGGCCCUCGCAAGGCGUUUGUUUAUUUGCGCGAUGCCGUUCGCGCACCAAACAAGCGAUUGCUGCUUCCUUUCCCAACAUACUAUCCAAACCCUUUGAGGCCUCUUCCCGAGGAGAUUACUUGCCCUCCGCCGAGCACUGAGGCGGGCAAGGUGUAAAAAAAAAACCCCAUCCUCGUUUCGAUCCUGCACAGUUUUGCAAUUUUCUUGUACCAUCAACAAACGCGUUUAUCCAAA